UGCAAGUCGUCUUGCAAACUGAGCAGCACGAGCAUUAUUUCCCAGCGGAGCAGCAGGGAGAGACCCUGCACGGAGCUGGAGAAGCCAGUUCAGCUGGAGGCAGUUGCUGGACCUGCAGCUUCCUGAAGGAAGGUUCCCCGAGGACACCUUUGCAGCCGGGAGUGAUUCCCCAACUUGCUGCCGCCUUAGAGGUGCAGCGCGGAGAGGGGCGCAUGGAGAAACCCACCGAGCACCCGGAGCGGGUGAACAACCCAUCGAGCCUGGGUCCCAUGCCCCGCCCUCCAUUGGCUGUACAGGCGGUAACCUUGACCCUGGUGCCCCUCGUGUGCGCCGUGGGUGUGGUGGGCAACGCCAUGGUAGUCCUGGUGGUGGUCCGGAGCCGCCACAUGGUCACAUCCACCAACUGUUAUCUGGUGAGCCUGGCCACCGCGGACCUGCUGGUGCUCCUGGCCGCCGGAGUGCUCACCGUGGCUGAGGCAGCGUCCACUCGGGUGUGGGUCUUCGGCCACGCAGGCUGCCUGGGCAUCACCUAUCUGCAGUACGUAGGCAUCAACGCGUCCACAGGCUCCAUCACCGCCUUCACGGUGGAACGCUACCUCGCUAUCUGCCGUCCCCUGCGCGCCCAGGCUCUGUGCACCGUGGCGCGGGCCAAGCGCAUCGCGGCGUCGGUGUGGCUGGGCACCGGCGCCUACUGUGUGCUCUGGCUUUUCCUGGUGGACACGCGCGAGACCGCGUACGCCGACGGCGUGCAGGUGCAGUGCGGCUACCGCGUGUCGCGCGCUCUGUACCUGCCCAUCUACUUCCUGGACUUCGCGCUGUUCUACGCGCUGCCGCUGGGUCUGGCCACCGUGUUCUACGCGCUCAUGGUGCGCGUCCUCUUCGCGGAGCCGCGGCCUGCUGGCGGCGACCUGGGCCGCUCGGGCUCUGCGCACCAGGGCGGCCCUGCUGGUCCAGGGCGCUCCUCCUCCCGGGGCAGGAGAGGUGCCUUCAACUCCCGGAAGCAGGUCACCAAGAUGCUGGCGGUGGUUGUGGUCCUUUUCGCUCUGCUGUGGCUGCCCUACCGCACCCUGGUGGUGGUGAAUUCCUUCCUGAGCCCGCCCUACCUCAACCUCAGCUUCCUUCUCUUCUGCCGCCUUUGCAUCUAUCUGAACAGCGCCAUCAACCCCAUCGUCUACGCCCUCAUGUCCCAGCGUUUCCGGGAGGCCUUCCACAGACUAUUUCAGUGCCGGCUGGCCCAGUCCAAGCUCCCACCCAAGGAGGCCACCCCUGUUUACUACAGUGUCAUCAAAGACUGUCCCCAGCACAGACUGGGCUCUUGGAAGGAACCAGGGAGCCUGAUGUCCAGACAGGGAGGGGAUCCUGGCACCUCAGGACAAGGCCCACCCUCUUACCCCUACUGAGGGGAAGGGGUCUCUGUGCAUUGGGGGAAACGUGGCUUCGGAGAGAGUAUUGCUGGCCCAUGAGUAUACUGUCACCUCGUGGCCCCAGUGGGAACUGCGUUAUCCAACAGCUGCUUGCGGCUCUGCCUUUUUACUUACGGGGAUUUCUACCCUUGCAAGACCCACGUAAGUUGUAUUGUUCAAAUAACUCAGAAGAGAAAUGUCCAUACAUAAAUCAAAGUAAAUAUGAAGUCACAAUUAAUUUAAUUCUAACAGCUAUCAGGAAGAUUAUAGGAUGGUGUUACAUUCCCCCAAAAGAUGUUAAAGUUUUAACCCCAGUACUUGUCAAUAUAAACUUCUUUGGAAAUAGGGUCUUUUCAGAUGAUCAAGUUAAAAUGUGGUCAUCAGGGUGGGCCUUAAUCUGAUAGGACUGUGUCUUUACUAAGAAUAAAUGGGAGGAGGGCAGAAUUUGGACACAGAGACAGACACAAAGGGAAGACGAUGCGAAGAUAUAGGGAAAAUGCAACCUACCAGCCAAGGAACACCCGAGGCUACAAGAAGCUAGGAGAGGAGUUCCCAUUGUGGCACAGUGGUUAACGAA